AUGCGAACAAAAUGUGUAUUGCUGGUAAUAUUUUUCUUUCUAUCUAUCUAUCUAUCUAUCUAUCUAUCUAUCUCAGUAUAUAUUGGUUUGGUUUGUUUUGUUUUACGGCAUAUCAACCUCAAUGGGUUAUUUAAUACCGACAAAAUUUGUAUUGCUGGUAAUAUUUUUUUUUUAUCUAUCUAUCUAUCUAUCUAUCUAUCUAUCUAUCUAUCUAUCUAUCUAUCUCAAUUUUUAUUGUUGGUAAUAUUUUUAUCUAUCUAUCUAUCUAUCUAUCUAUCUAUUGGUCUGUUCUCUCAAUCUUUGCUACGCCCUUUCACUAUCUCUCGCCCUUUCUCUCUCUCUCUCGCUUUCUCUCUCUCUCUCUCUCUCUCUCAAUAUAUAUAUAUCCAGCCAAAUGUUUAUCCAAGAAAAGGCACAUUCAGAGACAUCAUUGCACGCAUCGUUGAAAUACGACUCCAUCACACACAGACGCACACUUAUACUCUCACACGCAUUUUCUUUUCCCUGUCUUCUCUCUCUCUCUCUCUCUCUCUCUCUCUCUCUCUCUCUCUGUGUCACACACAUAUAUACGCCUGCUUUCUCUCUUCAUUAUUCCCGCCUAUUUUCAACACAUACGCUGAUAGAAAGCGCACUGACACACAGACAGACACGAAUCUUCUCUUCCACUCUUCACACUUUCCCAGUGUAUCUUAUGCACAUGCGCACUCAUACAAACACUUACUUGCUUAG